AUGAGUUUGCUUCCUGGAUCGCCUCUACCAGAUAUUAGCGUUUCUGCCGCGGCUGCCGCUGCUGCUGUAGUGGCAAAUGCAGCCGCCGCAACAUCAGUCGCAGCCGCUGCUGCUGCGGCUGCCGUUGCCUCGGCAGCCAUAAGUGAAAGCGCCAAUGCGGUAACCGGCAGCGGGGGCUUUGCCAGUUUAGGCACACCCUCACCAGUCGGCAGCAGUGCAAGCAGCAGUCAUAGUGCACGGGGAGGAAUUUGUCGACGGGAUGGCGCAACAACGACGGUGAUUAAUACAAACAGUGAUCUACAUGUUGGAGAAGAAAGAGCAACAGCAACAAGGAUACCGUCAUCGAUUAUAUCAACCCCAACUCCGGCGACUUUGAUGCUAACCGUUCAACAACAGCAGCAAGGCAUGCAACGAGUGAUGCAGCACCAACAGCAGCAUCACCAUUCACACCCUAAUUACCCUCAUAACCCCCACAACCACCAUCAAUUCCAACAGUUGCAACAAUUACAACAACAGCACCAAUACCUGAGCGUUCAUGCAUCACAACGCCACCGACAAACACAGAUACAGUCCUUCAAACCACAACAGCAUCCAGUGCAAACGGUACUAGAACAUCAUCAGCAUUCCCAUCCGCGCUCGUAUCUGCACUCACACCCGCAACAGCAACAUCAAGAGCAGGAGCAAAACCAAAAUCCAUAUCAGUAG